GAAAUUGGAUUUGAGUCUAUUCACUCGGUUUUGCAAGAACAUUUUCGCAGUUGAUUUGUCAACACGUUUUAUUCAUUCGUUUUUUUUUGGGAAUAGUAGAUCAGAGAAGGGUGGAGUGAGUACUGAUGGCUUCACCGGCACCCAAAUCACCGGAGCAGUCGGAGAAGAAUCGAAAAUAUGACAGACAGUUGAGGUUAUGGGGGGACCACGGACAGGUUGCUCUGGAGGCAGCCCACAUUUGCCUCAUCAAUGCCACUGGGCUGGGGACUGAAAUCCUGAAGAGCCUGGUUUUACCUGGGAUUGGAGCUUUCACGAUUGUCGAUGGAAAGAAAAUCAGUCAGGAGGACAUUGGGGCCAAUUUUUUCCUAGACGCCGACAGCGUCGGAAAAUCCCGCGCCCAGGUGGCCACACAGCUGCUGGUGGAGCUGAAUCAGGACGUCCGAGGUGACUACAUCGACGAGGGCCCCGAUCAGAUCCUGUACAACAGUCCCGACUUUUUCAACAGCUUCACAGUGGUGGUGGCGACAGCCCUGCCCGAGAAAUCCCUGAUCCUCCUGUCUAAGAAGCUCUUCGACCUCAACAUUCCCCUCAUCGUCUGCCAGAGCAUCGGCUUCAUCGCCUACAUGAGGAUCCAGACGCGCGAGCACACGAUAAUCGAGACUCAUCCUGACAACGAACUCCCCGAUCUUCGCCUGGACAAGCCCUUCGAGAGCCUCAAGCAGCACAUGGACGCCAUCAACAUGGAGGAGAUGGACCUGAAGGACCACUCGCACACGCCCUACGUCAUUGUCCUGUACAAGUACCUCGAGAAGUGGAUGCAGGAGAGGGGGAGUCCACCCAACAACUACAGGGAGAAGAGCCAGCUGAGGGAGAUGAUCAAACAGGGAAUUCGGAGGGAUGAGGAUGGCAUUCCUCUGGACGAGGAGAACUUCGAGGAGGCCAUCAGGGCUGUGAACACCAGCAUUGGGACCACGACUGUUCCCAAAAGUGUAUUGGAUAUACUUAACGAUGACAGAUGUGUCAAUCUCACUGCCAUGAGCUCCUCCUUCUGGAUCAUUGCGAGGGCCAUCAGGGAUUUCAUGGAGAACGAGGGCUCUGGACUACUCCCUGUCACUGGCGCUCUGCCUGACAUGACUGCUGAUACCGAGAAGUACAUCGCACUUUCGCAAAUUUAUCACAAACAAGCAGUGAGUGACGUCGAAGCAGUCUGGCGCCACACAAUUCGCCUCCUUCGACAGCUGGGACGUCCCUCAGACUCAAUUCCCGAGAAAGACGUCAAGCUGUUCUGUCGCUACGCCUCCGACAUUCACGUGGAGCGCGGCACAUCGAUAGCUGACGAGUACGACCCAAAAACCAUAAACGCCAACGACAUCGCCGAGAGCCUGGAGAACCCCGAGAGCAUGAUGGUGUACUACGUCGUCCUGAGGGGCUUCCAGAAGUUCCAGGCAGAGUACAACUCCUAUCCUGGGGAGUUCGACGAUCACGUGGAGCCAGACAUCGUCAAACUGAAAGCUUGCAUUUCCAAGUUGUUGGGGGAGUGGGGAUGUGGGCCACUGACCAAGGACGAUUACGUCCACGAGUUCUGCAGGUUUGGGGGCGCUGAGUUGCACUCAGUGUCAGCGUUUCUGGGGGGUCUAGUUGCUCAGGAGGCCAUUAAAUUCAUUACUUCACAGUACAAACCGAUUCACAAUACUUUUAUACAUGAUGCUGUCACUUCGAAUUCUGCUAUUUUCUUUUUCUGAGGUUUUCGAGAGGGGGCGGGGCUAAAUAAUCACUAAACUUUUGUUUUUAUUCAUCGGUUAGAUAAAUCUUGAUGAAUUACUGUUUUGCAUGAAGGAAAGAUUUGAUUUUUCUAUUUAUUUUGAGAAUGAAAACUCAAAUUUCGAAUUGCCACAUUCAAUAAUGAAGGAAUUUUAUGCAAAACUGCGAUUGAGGACAGGCGUAUUAACGGGGAGAUGAGACUUGCUUUUUCUGAGAGGCUGAGGCUAAAUAAUCAUUAAACUUUUGAUGAAUUGCAGUUUUACAUGAAGAAAGGAUAUAAUUCUUUUGGUUGGAUAAAAAAAAUUAUUUUCUUUAUUUUGAGAAUGAAAAAAUCAAACCCUGCAAUUUUGAUUUGUCACAUUCAAUAAUGAAAAAAAUUCGUGCAAGACUCGAACAGUUCAUUUCAUCAACAAUUCAAGGAUUUUUUUAAAUCUAAAAAAUGUCUAGUGAGCGAUUAUUUUACUCCAUUCUCCCCUACUGUAUUAUAAUUGAUCAUCCUGAUGAUUAACAACUCAUGAAUAAGAAAUAAACCGACCAUUUUCUCCCCCUGAUGAUGAAUAUUUCAAUGAAGAUCCUCUUUUUACAUAUUUAAGUUGUAAAGUAAUCUGAACAAUGACUCUUACCACUAACUUUAAGUUAACGACGAUAAUAAAUUACAAAAGAGUUAAUUAUAUUUGAAAAGUUUAUUUUCUUGCCUCAAGUUUAAUCCUAAUUACUUCAUUAAGUUUCUGUAAUUUAACUUAAAAAAUGUGGAAAAUGGAAAGUUGUCACUCUCCGUGAUAUUGAAGAAAGACGAACAUUUUCUUGGUGACUAUGGCUGUGAUUAUCGUCGGCCCCGUCCCCUGCCACGUCCCCCACGGCCUCCACGUGCCCCACGACCCCCGCGUCCUCGUCCUCGAGCAGCGCCCCUCGCUGCCUCCUUCUUCUUAGCUUUGGCCUUUGGUGUAUCGUCUAUGAGGAGGGUCUCCAGGGGCAGCGAGUCAGGUAGAAUGUAAUACCUAUUUGAUAUUGCUCGAUUAAUUUCAGAAAUACUUCUGUUGGAAAUCAAUAAACUCAUGUUGUUAUAAUUUUGCCAUUAACAAUUUUUAUUAACGUGUAAUUAAAAGGUUUUGAUUACAUGGAAUAAA